AUUUCAAAAACAUUUAAAACCCCCAAAACCCCAACACAAAAAGAUAGAUAAUCAUAAUCGCCUUCACGUUCUUCACAUUCCAUCCACACACACACUCUUCAAAUUCAUUUCCACACCACCUAAAGAAAAAAAAAUCACAACAAUGUCAGAAGAAAACGGCGAAGGAGGAGAAGAGUACCUCUUCAAAAUCGUCUUAAUCGGCGACUCCGCCGUAGGAAAAUCAAACCUCUUAUCCCGAUUCGCGCGAAACGAGUUCGAUUCAAAUUCAAAAGCAACAAUUGGAGUUGAGUUUCAGACGCAGAUGGUUGAAAUCGAUGGUAAAGAAGUGAAAGCACAGAUCUGGGAUACUGCUGGACAAGAAAGGUUUAGAGCUGUUACUUCUGCUUAUUAUCGUGGUGCUUUUGGUGCUCUUGUUGUUUAUGAUAUUAGUAGGAGAGGAACGUUUGAAAGUAUCAAGAGGUGGCUUGAUGAACUCACUACUCAAAAUGAUAGCACCGUUGCGAGAAUGUUGGUGGGAAAUAAGUGUGAUUUGGAGAAUAUCAGAGAGGUGAGCAUAGAGGAAGGCAAAGCUCUUGCAGAAGAAGAAGGUUUGUUCUUUAUGGAGACAUCAGCACUCGAUUCUACCAAUGUCCAAACGGCUUUUGAGAUUGUCAUCCGGGAAAUUUACAAUAAUAUCAGCCGCAAAGUCUUAAACUCUGAUUCCUAUAAGGCUGAAUUGUCUGUGAAUCGAGUAACCCUGGUUAAUGGGUCUGGAUCAAAGAAAAAUAUGUUCAGUUCCUGUUGUUCUUGAUGAGCUUUUCAGCUUUAACUUUGAAUUGAUACUUUGGAUCCUUCAAGAGCUGUAUCUUCUAUAAUUUUUUUUCUUUCUCUUUUGGGUCAUUUUCCCUAGCUACUAUUUCUUGCAUUCUGUAUUUGCCUCUUCUGUUCCUCCUCAAUGUUUUUAGUUCUUAUGACCCUCAUCCAUACAUUCUGAAAGAAGAAAAGAAAAGAAACGAGAAAAUUUUAGAGGCAAAUUUUUUGGUAGACCUGUACUUCAAUGCUUUCAAGAAAACACUAUAUUCUCA